AUGGAGGGUUCGGCGACAGGGGGAAAUCACGGAGGCGAUCCUCGCGCCGAGCAUGCCGCAACCAAGGAGUCCGAGGAGGCGGCAACGCAACACCAUCUGACGCUGCUCCAGCCGAGCGUGGUCGAAGUUUCUGCAGCCGUGCUGGAUAAGGACAAGGUGGCACAGCACGAGUCGGUGGGGCUGGUCGGUGGCUCUCCUCCUUCUGGUGGACGGGGAAGGCGUAGGCAAAGGAAGAGCGAUGGGGAGGAGGAUGAUGACACCGCCGUGCCCGGGGACCUCACCACGCGGGCGAAGAGGCGCCAGACGACAGGUAGUGCUGACAACGCCGGAGGCGCGGAAGUUGACACACCGCGAGGCGCCAAGGAAGCUAGUGGCAAGGCGGGCGGUCAAGCAUUGCGCCAGAAGGGCCGCCCCGCAGCAAGAAAAGCAUCUGGCGGAAGGAGAGGCAAGAAAGCAGCGACAGGAACGAGGCCGAAACGGGGCGAUGAAGACCCCGGUGAUACGGAGGAGGAGGAGGAUGAGGAGGAGGAUGCGGAGGGAGAGGAGGAUGAAGAGGAAGCGGAGGAGCAAGACGCGGAUGUUGGGGAGGAUGCUAAAGAUGAGAAUGAUGGCGGGGAGGACGAAGAGGAGGAGGAGGAGGAGGAGGAGGAGGAGGAGGAGGAGGAGGAGGAGGAGGAGGAGGAGGAGGAGGAGGAGGAGGAGGAGGAGGAGGAGGAGGAGGAGGGGGAUGAGGAGGAGGAGCAGGGUGACGAGGAGGAGGAGGAGGAGGAGGAGGAGGAGGAGGAGGAGGAGGAGGAGGAGGAGGAGGAGGAGGAGGAGGAGGAUGUGGCGCCAGGGAAGAGACGGGGCGGGCGUGGCGGUCGGGUGAGUGGGACAGGGAAGGAGGGGGGCCGGACUCGCCCUUCCCGAAAACGCGGGGCAGGUGACGCUGCGCGCGGCGAAGCAGCGGGCAAACCGAAGGCGCGUAAGGUGAAGGUCGAAAGUGAAGGGGUUGGUAAAAAGCAAGGGAGCCAGGGUGCAAAAGGGGAUGGAGGAGGAAAGGGUGGCCGCGCCAAAGGGGUUCGAGUGGGUACCGGCAAGAAGGAACCUGCCGGUGAAAGUGAGGAGCACGAGCAGUUUGUUACACGGGAGGAGUUUCAGGCGCUGCGGUCUGAGAUGUACGCCAUGUUUGCACAGCUCGGCCUGCGUCGUGGAGUACUUGCCAGCUAUGCCGGCGGGUCGGCAGCCCUGCCUAUGGCUGGUACCCCGCCGCCGAUGAGCGCCGUGGACAAGGCACGAGUGCUAGUGUUGCAGGAGACAAACCCAUUCCCGGUAUGUGGCGGGCCAAAUGGGGCGGGCUGGGGUUGA